AGGGUGGCGGUUCCACGAGGGUAUGAUUGAUCAAUAAGAUAAGGUACGUACGCAGUUUCCCAAGCCAAGCAUAGACACACCAAGGGAGAGGAGGCCCAUGCACAGAGCGUGUCACACUGCAUCAGCUGCUUGGUCGGGGGGGGGACAGGUCAGGUCGCCUUACAGGGCACAUCCGUGGUUGUGGAGAGAGCCAAAGGGCGAGUUGAAAGCAGUGACAGAAGUAAAAAAAACCACUGCAGCCUGUUUUUUUUUUUGCUUUGCCAACUCCCUAUCAUCAGGUCAUUAUCCGCCCAUAUAUAGGCAACUUUGUUAUUACUGACGGGCGAUGGAUAGUCAACAUGGAAGUUAA